AUGGGGACUCAACAGACGACUCGGUUGGACCAAGCACGGAGAGAUCAUGAAGCCACCACAGCGCAGACCGCAGAGGCUACUAAUUUGUUGCUGGAAGCCUUGAAGGUGUAUUUUCCUGAACAAGCAGGAUCGGCGUCGCACCAAGACUGCAUUUCUCGUUCAGAGUUCCGCAGUUUCAAAGACCAGUUCCGCGCAGGAAUGCAGGAGCUAGAGGAGCUCCGUGCAGAAAACCAUGAGAUGAAGAGCAAAUUGGGGAAACAAGAAGCUCUUCUCAACCGCGAAAUUCAUUCCGCCAAAAGAUCUGAAGAACGUCUGGUCAAACUCGAGCAAGACGAUCGAAAAGACAGGUUGAGUUAUGGAACUCGAUUUUCUACCUUGGAAGUGGAGAUGGAGAAGAACAAGACAAAACACAAAGAAGUAACUCGGUCCAUCGACGCCGUCCGAUCUUUAUUCGACAACAACGUCGAGAAAAGCAGAACGAUGCACGAAGAGCAAACUCAAAAGAUUGAUCUUUGUAAAUCCAAAGUCGAAGCAAUGCAGCAGAAUCUCGAUGUCGAGGUUGAUUCUAAGCUAAAAGACACCUCGGAGACUUUGGCUGCUACUCGCAGAGAUCUACAGGAGCUCAAACAGCAAUUCACCAUUCUGUCCAGCACUCCUGCAGUUUCGAGCACGAUCCCAACUCCUGCUCUCGAAGAACUCGAACUUAGACUCAAAGCAACCGAGCGAUCAGUGGGAUUGGUGAAAAACGAUGCCACUGAGAAGGACGAGGCUUUCGCCGAUCAACUAGAUUCGAUGCAAUCGGAGCUGGACCAGUUGCAAGUCAACUUGAACAAACUGCAAGCCAAUAUUGAAGACGAACUUCCUGGGAAACGAGGCUUGACAGAAGAAGACCUGCCAAACCUCGAUGCAUGGAAGGAUUUGGGAACUAGGAUCACUGACCUCGCUUCGAAGAACGAACUAAGCGCAAACAUUACACGACUCGAGGAACUAAAUCAAAGCAUCAAAAGUGAACUGGAAGCUUCGAUCAACCAAGUCAGGCAAAAAGCUCUACAGGGAGUGUCAGAAGGUCUAAAGCCUCAACUAGACUACAUUAGCAGGACCAUCGAGAAUCAUAUUGAUCUGCUUCAAAGGCAUGAAGUUCGCUUCAAUUCAGUCACCACAGACGAGCUGGCAAAAAUGAUGGAGAAUCAAUGGCGUUCCGCUUAUGGCCUGCCUGUAGAACUGAGAGGGCUAGUUGACCGCUACAAGCAACUGGAAGCCAUGACCAUAAAGAGCUACCAAGACGUGAAUAAGAAGGUCGCAGAGACCAAUGGAAAAUACGACGGGCUGGCAGCGCAGUUCCAAAAUCUAGUCAAGAGAGCUGUGGGCUGA